AUGUUUCGCAGAAGGAGGAGCGCCUCACAGCAUCGGCAUCAGCACCAGCUUUCGACUUCCAAUACGCAGAAUGCGCAAUCGGCCGCUACCCGUGCCUUCAUUCAGUCGCAACCCUCGUCCAGUAACCUCUCAUCCGCGGCUGCAGCCGCCGCUCUCCGCAGUCUGACACCCACCCCGACCCCUAUCGAGAAUGUCCAGACCAAGCGGAUGCUCCAGCGACGGGCGUCCCUCUCGUCGCAGCCAGUUGGAUCAGCCACUCUCCGCCCAUCCAGUCGCAAUGGCCUCCGACGAUCUAAUAGUUCAGCCUCUAUGAGCGCGCGGACAUUCCGGGAUCAAUCCCCUGGUCGCCCAUCCUCAAGCUAUUCGACCAUGUCCACAUCAGCCGUUGUGCCACCCCUUCCAUCAAUACCUCCGGAAUUCUCGGGCAGGAAGAACCAACCUCGGCGGUCUGUCAGCCUGGGCCCGAGUGCGUUACCUCCAACUUCACGUACAAGACAGACCGAGGGAAGACGGAAUGUCACAUCACCCACAAAUGUACCUGACAGCCCGCGAGAUGUCGCCAGCUCGGAAGCCAGCCCGAGUUCGCCGCGGCAUCAGAGGUCUGAAAGCAGGAACUCAAUCAAUUUCUCCUACCCUAUGAAUUCUCGCACCAAUUCGCCGACAAUCCCUUCGGGGUUUCACGAUCGCCAAGACUCAGCUGCGAGCGCAGCUACUUCACUCAAUCAGCGUGCUAGUGCUCAGUAUCACCAAAACAAAACACAUGCUGCUGCGCCUGGAAGCCCCGCGAGGAGUACUCGCCCCGUAACAAGUGCGCUUGCAGCUGCCCAGGCUGUGACAUUGAGUUGGAAUGAAGAGCCAAAUACGCCGCCAGGUUCCUCUCGCCCGGCGCGUCAGCAGCAUGCUAUCGAUCGUUCGCCGAGCCGGAGCCCAGCAUCACUCGAUGUCAAACCGCGUCCCGCCCCCAAGAGGACGUCCGCGACUUCAGAAGAUCGUUCGGUUAAAGAACGCUCCCGACCCUCGCCUGCACAAUCAUCAUCGCCCAUUCCAAUGCCUCUGAAGGAGAAGGAGAAUCGACCAUUGGCGGCGCCUUUGAAGGAACCUCCAAGGCCUCUGACUCCUACUACCACUGAGAAUGAAAAUGUAGUACGGACCCCAACUGUUAGUCCACCGCAGGCGAAACCAGCCGCGGAACUGGAUCGUGAGCGCCAGCCUGCAGCCUUAGGCCAGCCGGGUAGUCCAGCAAGAUCGGCUCAUUUUCCUAGUCAACUUACUGUGAAGGGAUUUCCGGGCGAUCAACUACAUCAACCCCCUCCCCGGUCUCUCUCCCCGGCUAAGUCCGCCAUGAAAAACCGAAACAGCUCUCUAUCCCCCGAUGGAAGGCUCUCUGGCAUCUUACGUCCUGGUCCCUCAUUGAGCGAGAUUUCAGACGCAACGUCUGUGGCAUCCGACGACGGCGUGAGACCUAACCACCGCAGGAAACCCGUGAAGGUUAGCUUUGAAGAUGAGGCGGAAAUUGUGGGAGUGGCUGCAAGCCCUCCAACGUCACCAGAAGAUAUUGUCCCCGAAUCCCCUCCGGGAAAGUCCAAGUCAAAAACAAGUUGGUUUAAUCUUCACAAAAGGAAAUCCUCACCUUUGCGGUCCACCGACAAUGAUGAGUUUGAUGGGGUGUUGAAGCCUCGCGCAGCUCUACCAUCCUUUGGCAGUAUUCGAGGUAAUAAGGAUGGUGCGCGACUUGAUGCAGCCAUUCAGCAGGGAGUGGAUGAUGAUUCGGAUAUGGAAUCGGACGAUGAUUUCAUCAAUGGCCAUUUCGUCAACAGUAUUAACCCUCGUGCGUCAGAAGCGAAAGUAACAAAGCAGGAACGGGCUGAUAACGAGCUGCCCGCCGUGCUUACUGUUACAGCUGCAAAGGGUGUCGCGGAAAAGGAUGCUACCCCGGUUGGCGAAUUCAAUAUGGAGCCCACAUUUUUCCAUAAGACUCAACUCUCGCCACUGGUGGAGGUUCCAUCUGAACAGAAUCUUCCCCUCUCCGAGGAACAGAACCUUGAAUUGCCUGAUAUCACACUGCAACCGGCGACCCCAGACCCCGAAAAGGGAAGAGCAAGCCUUGAAGAAUGGAUUAGUCCAGAAGAGUACCCACAUCAAUCUAUUGAAGCGGAGCCUGAAGAGCCGAGUCGGCUAAUGGGAAAGAGGGAUUCAGCUGAUGAUGACUCCAGUUCCAGCAUAUACAGCGAUGCGGAGGAGGACUUGGCUGGUGGUGGUUAUGGAUCUAUCAACGCUAUUGUUGACCACGAAACGGCAUCUUCGGUGCCGGGAGUCGCAGUCACAACGUUGCAGGAUGAGACACGUCUCGCUGAGCAUAGUCCCUAUGCAACGGACGUUCCAGAGACCUGCCAGAUCGCUCGUGUGCAGACUCCUGUCCGGGAAGACUUAACGGCCCCGACUCCUGGCUCCCCCGGUCUAAUUGAACCGCUUCCGCUCUCUUCACCUCCCGUACAGUCUAAAGCUGAGACAGCUUCUGCUCAGGGAAAGAAUACUCGCUCAACAGAGCCGGUUGAAGUAUAUAGCAUUGCUAAUUUACGAGAGGAUAACCCCCAAGAAGUGAACACUCGUUCAAAGCAAGUGAAAGCCAAUGGUUCCGGAGCUCAGCAAAUCCAGCAGCAGAGCCAAACCCGCGAAGCCUUGACACCACUUGUUCAGAAUGACGUGAAAAGCCAGGGCCCCGCGGAGCUGGAAGUGAGCGGAGGUGCCCACAUACCCCGACGCCAGUUGUCAAAUGGAAGUGACUCGUCGAGUAGUUUCAAACGAGCACGAAGAGCUGGCAGAGGUGGAAUGGGAAUGAAGCGGACCUUACGGGGAAGCCAGCAAGAAAGCUCGGCCCCUGUUUCCCCUUCGAGGUCAGCCGCUCAUGUUGAUUCUUCUACUAUGCCCUCCGCCUUAGGAACAGGUACUCUGCGCACGACCUUGCGAAACAAUGCCUCGCGAAAGGAGAAGCCGUCAAUCUUUUCUGCGGGCAAGGCGCAUAAAGGAAAGCUUGCGAAAAGUUUCAACUUGCCCUUUGCUUCUCGCUUUCCGGAUUCUGACUCUGACUCUGAUGAUGGCGUCCAGAAUCGACGACUACCACGCCUGGGCCAUCGGUCAGCGAGGAGCAUGAGCGAUUUUGACAUGCGCCCUGUUCGUGGUAUCCCGCGUCGACAGGACGCCUAUGACGGGGACUCUACUGAGCUAGAAGAUAGCUCUGAUGGUGAACGACGACCCAAUUCUGCACCACGAGGCUUAGCGGCAGAAGCCCCCGCACCAAAACCCCAGUCUCCGACUGUCCGAGACCCUGCGCUGGCUGCAGUGGCCAAAUCUCGUGGCAUGACGGAGGAGCAACUGGAGGAAUUGCUUAACCGUGGAUCACCUCGUAAGCCUAAUAUUCUCAACCGCCUGAGCAUGAAAAAGUCGAAACCAGCUCCGAAGCGUGGAAAACUACAGCUACCUCAGGUGCUCUCGAAUGGAAUAUUUCCAGAGCACGAACAAGCACAGGGCCAAGACGCGGAAGUCGAUCAUGACAGCCCUAAGGUUGUGUCAAACUCUUCCAAGCUUACCAAGAAGUCUUUCCACAAGGCAGCUCAUUCUGAUUCCUGGCCUCUCAGCUCUGAACAAGCAGACCCUGUCGACUCCGGCAUCGGAUCAGUUUCAUCACCUUCGAGUACUCAACAAUCCGCACAAGCUCAGACGCCGAACGGAGGUGCAGCCAACGGUAACAGACCAUUUUCACAACAACAGCCUUUUGGCACCACAGCCGAGUGCGCACCGUCCCAGGAGCACGAUCAAUCCGUCUUAAAAAGCAAUCGUGCCUCGGAUGUGGUCAUUGAAGGGUCUGGGCGCAAGAAGCGUUUCCAACGCUUGAAGAAAGCAUUUGGCAUUGGCAGGUGA